GAUCUGCUCUGUUCCUCCUCUUCACCGCCGGCUGCUCCUGCUUUGUGGGGGCAAAUUUCUCUGAUUUUGGCCCGUGAGCUUUCUUCUUCCAUGCCGCCGGCCUUCCCCAAUCUGCAGCUCCGGUUUUAGCUGGAGAAUUAUGGUUCCCCAUCGUUCUGUCAGUUUAGUACGUGAAUUGAGUGCUCGGUUUUGCGAGUGAGGUAAGUAAAUCAUGGUAAAGCCCUUCGAUUUUAAAGCAUGUUUUAAACUGUUUUUGAGAUGGUGGCAAGGUUAAAUUGAUUUUAAAUUGAUUUUAUCAGCAUCCGAAUGUGAUUAAACUGAAAUGGAAAUUGUGAUGGUUUUUAUGAGAAUUUUAUUGUUUUCUGGAAUUGAGCAUGAUUGGAAUGAAAUUGUUUUCGUUGCAUUGAGUAGAGCAUGCCUAUUUGGAAAUUGACUGAACUGUUUUGAUGAACUGAGAGUUUUUUAAAUUCUAAGUUUUCUGUUAAAUCCAUGCUCACAUGGAGAUUUUUCGGUUGUUUCUGAAAUUGGAGAUUGAUUGUCUUGAUGAUCUGAAAGUGAUUGAUGAAUUAUGUUUUUCUGUUAACUUCAGCCUGUUUUGUCUCCGAUGUGGUCAUGUUUCUGUAAUCCUGCUAGUGGGAGUUAAACGCUAGCACAUGUCGGCCCAUGUCGAUAUGUUAUUGAUGAUCCUGCUAGUGGGAGUUAAACGCUAGCACAUGUCGGCCCAUGUCGAUAUGUUAUUGAUGAUCCUGCUAGUGGGAGUUAAACGCUAGCACAUAUCGGCACCUGUCGAUAUGUUAGUAAUGAUCCUGCUAGUGGGGGUUAAACGCUAGCACUUUUCGGCACAUGUCGAUAUGUUAUUGAUAGAACCGGUUCGUUGAGUGACCCUGCUUGUGGGGGUUAUACACCAGCAAACAGUGACCCUGCUUGUGGGGGUUAUACACCAGCAAACAGUGACCCUGCUUGUGGGGAUUAUACACCAGCAAACAGUGCGCUUGCCAGUGGGUGUUAGACGCUGGCCGUGACCCAUAGAGGAGACGUCUAUUUCGUGCCCGUACUGUAUCUGUUUUUGUGAUUACCUUUGUUGGCAUGCUAUGAGUUUUGCAUUAACGAUUUGUCAUGAAAUGUUUUGUUAUUGAACUGAAUCUGAUUUUACAUGGACGGUUUGUCAUUGAAUGCUUUGCAAGUGAACUGAAUAUGAUUUUGUCAUUGAGUGAUUUGUUAUGUUAAACUGGUGAUCAGGCAUGCUAAAAGUGUUACCCAAGGGCUAUCCAUAUUUACUUACUGAGUUUAUCUCAUAGUUUUCCUUGUCCACCAUUUUAGGAAACAAAAUCGAGGACGGGGAAACUAAGGGGAGUGACGAGUUAGAAGGCUAGCCAUCGUGUAAAUUGAAUAUGGAUUUUAGAUAUAAAUGAUGAUCUUGUAAGCGAGAUUUUAAUUGGAGAUUGUAAAUUCAUUUAGUGGAUUGUUAGUUUAUAAGAGAUUUGAUCUGGAGAUUUUGAGGUUAAGUCAUGUGGGCAAAGAAAAGAAAUUUUGAAAUAUCUGAUCUGUGUUAUGGGAUUGUCAUAUGUGAAUUGGAUAAGUUUUGAGCCUUAUGCACUUGCGGGACUCGUCUCAUGAGUGCA